AUGGUUCCAACACAGCGGGAUUCCCAGCUUUGUCUCCUUCUGCUGCUGGGGCUCAUGGGAAUGGUGAUCUCCUUCCAUGCCCCACCUGGGGGUCUAAGCUGGGCUCAGUGGUUUGAAGUUCAACACGUAAACAUGACCAAUGCUCAAUGCACCAUUGCAAUGCAGCCGAUUAACCGCCGUAAUUAUGUGAGUUUCCAGAGGCCAUGCAAAGGCCAAAAUACUUUCAUCCACACACCACUUGCUGAUGUUGUUAAUCUCUGUUCCGGGACAAAUAUAACCUGCCGUAAUGGACGUGAUAAAAAUUGCUAUAGAAGCCAAGCUGCAGUGAAUCUUACCUACUGCAACCUUACAGGACCGGCACGACCUUACAAUCAGUGCCAAUACCAGCAAGUACCCUUACUGAGAAACUACAGUGUUGCCUGUGACAGUGGACACAUUCCAGUUCACUUCGAUAGAAUCUACUAAGCUCUGUGCCCGCAGUCACAGCCAUGGUCCCAUGCCGCCAUCCACCCUGGAUAUCAGCACCAGUCUCACCACCAGCUCACAACCCCUUUAAGCUCUGCUGCGCUGCAGCUCCUGUGC